AUGAAUCCAAAAUGCAAAUUCGUUGUCGGUGUCGACUACGGCACCACCUUCACAGGCGUCAGCUAUGCGUUUUUCAGUAGCCCCCAUGUCCCAUCCAGGAUAGCGUAUCCUCAAGGCAAUUGCGCGAUUCAGGGAAUCAGUUGGGGAUUCUUAAUUGAACACGGGGUACCCGCCUCUUCCGGGACCAAGUUACUUUUGGAUUCAGGUGUGGAUAUAACCGAGUUCAGUGAUACGGUUUUGGAGGCAGCAACCGGAUUGGGAAUCAUGAAGUUACCUCACGGAAAGAUCGCCAUCCAGGUUGUGACAGAGUUUCUGCGGGAGGUCUAUGUGAACAUCUGCCGAGAGCUGGAGAAGCACCUUGCCAUGCUUCAUUCUCCUCUUCGUCCUCGCGAUGUGCAAAUGGAAUUCUGGGUCACAACGCCAGCAGUCUGGUCGGAUCAGACUCAGCUCAAAUACAAGGAGGCUGCUAUUCGUGCAGGCUUUGGACCAAGUGAUGACAGCCGGGUGAUGGGGUAUUGGUAUGCGACUGUGGAGGCGGCACCGUGUUAUCUGAUCUCGGAGGUCUCUCCCAGGUUGUCGUUUGAUGAGCUAACAUCGGCCGUUUGUGGUAUGUGCGGUGCCACAGCCAUCGACCGCAAUUUCUAUCUUCUUGUGUCUGAGAGGUUUGGGGCGGCGUUCAAGAACUUGCCCCUCACGGAAACAGGCGCAGAUAGCAAUUUUAUGGGUUCCUUUCAGACCAUCAAGGAGGAAUUUAGCUGUUCAGCUGUGGACAAGGUCUAUCGACUUCCCCUGGCCAUGGCCCUCAACAGCCCCAACCCUACGUUCUUUGACGCAGAAAAUCAAUUCGUUCUGCUUUCCAGCAAUGACGUCCGUGGGAUAUUCGAUCCGGUGCUUCGCGGGAUUACGCAACUAAUAUACCGCCAGAUUGAAAGUGCCAACCAGGAGGUUGGCCGCUUUAUCAUCAACAAAAUUGUGUUAGUCGGCGGGUUUAGCCAGUCACCAUAUCUACGGGAACGGAUCUCGAAAGCCUUUGUCGUCGAUGGCAAGCUGGCCAUACUCACUCCAGCAGAUCCGCAAACAAUGGUCAUGCGCGGCGCAGCAAUUCGGGGACUUGGAGGGCCCCAGCCCACCACGAGAAAAUGCCGAAACCAUUACGGCGUCGAGCGUUCUGUUUGGAUCAAGGGUACCGGGACGGUCACAGGGUUUGCCUCCUGGGUCCUUGCCAAGGGGGAGCGAUAUGCCUUGAAUCACACGGCAACGCAAGACUUGGUUGUCCCCCAUCGCGCAGGGGAUUCACUGCUGAAGACCAGUAACAUCUAUGGAUGUAAUGAUGCGAACGCCCCACAACGAGUUGAUCACCCAGGUGUUGAUCUCAUCUCACAGCUCAUGUGUGACUUUGCCGGCGUCGAACUUGCUCAGUUUCCGCAAUCUCGAACGGGCACACAAGUGGAGUAUCUGCUAAGUUAUUCCAUUGAGAUCACCUUUGGCGCCCGGGGUGUGCUCAAGUGCAAGGCUGUCUGUCAGGGUCGAACAGUCGGAGAAACUACCGUCCAACUUGCCCGAGAGCAAUGGUGGGGAUCUCUGUCGACGGUGCUUGGUUUAUCCAUGGCUUAG